AUGAUCACGACGAGUGAAGUGGCGAAGCUCAUUCCAUCCGGCGCCGAGCAACAAGCGGCCCGGGAAGCGUUCGUGCAGAAGUACGGCACAUCGGCGUCCGCGUCGGCUUGGCCGAUACCCGAGGACCAGGAAUGGUACUGGAAACAGACCCCGCGGCCGGUCGACUUGCUGCCCAUCUGGAAAUUCGUCUUCGUUAAUCCCCUGUUGGAAAGCGUCGGUCUUCGCACAAACGACGACCCCACAUACGGAAGGUAUUCCCUGCCCUUUUCCCCGAGUGAAAAGCUGAUCCGGGACGACAAGAAAAUCACCUGCUGGGAUGGACGGGUGUUUCUGAAGGAUCGAGGCGACGGGCUCGUGGCUGAGCCGGUCGAAGACAAGACCUCCCAGUGGGUUUGGUACCAGGUGUGGUGGGACGAGGAGGCGUCAAAGCGUACAGGUGUCGAACUCGACUUAUUGUAUUGCCACGGCAUCUGUGAAUACGGAGGCACUUUUUCCAGAAACGCCCGCAAGUUCUUGGACGCAGGUUAUAGAUUGAUUGUCCCAGAUCUCCCAUCACAUGGCCGCAGUACUGGCUUCCAUGCAUACUUGACUAACCUGGACUGUCUGGCGCAUGCUGUCCAUGCUGUCCUGGCGGACAUCAUCAAGCGGGACUCGGCUGCGGGUCGUGCCCAACGGCCCGUGAUCGUGGCUGGCCAGAGCAUGGGCGGGUUUACGACCGUCCUGUAUGGCCUCUUGUACCACUCGCCGGCGGUCAAAAGUCGCCCGGUGAUCCGAGGCCUCCCGCAACCGAAACUGCUUGGCUUGAUACCACUAUGUCCAAUGCUGGCCAUAGCACCAGACUCAAGACCGGCAUAUGUGGUCGAGCUUUUCGCUAGAGCCGUGUCUCGGUUUGCCGGUAGAAUGCCGCUUGCGAAUGCCAACAAGGGCAAAAACACGCCAGAUUCCUGGUUUGAGGACCAGUUCAGGUGCGAUCCACAGAGCUACACCGGCAACUUGAGAAUCUCGACCGGGUUGAAGAUCCUAAAGGCACUUGACUUCACCAACGAACAUCUCGCCGACCUUGUCGUCUCGUUCCAAAUCAUGCAUGGAGGGAGUGAUCGAGUGACCAACCCCAGCGGAAGCAUAACCCUCUUCGAACAAUCUCGGUCGACCAAGAAAUCGAUCAAGAUCUACCCUUUCGUUGAACACAUCAUGAUGAGGAUCGGCAGAGAUGAAGAGGACGACCAGCCCCGUCAGAAAAUCCUGGACGACAUCGUCGAAUGGAUCGACGAAAUCAGGGCAAACCCAUAG